AUGAAAUCAGAGCGGAUACGUGGUACAACCGAAUCAUCGUUGUCGGAAUUAAGCGGGUCAUCCGUCUGCUCGAAAUCCAAUCGUGGUGUUUCGCGAAAAGCGACGAGUUUCGAUUUAACGACGUGUGGUGGCGACGGCCCGAAUUCCACAGAAACGUCAAACGAAAUAGACCGGCACGCUGAGAAAUCGCCCGCGGCCCAAACGAACCCACGGCGGUCGAUCGAUGACAACGUCAAAUCCGAAAAACAGUCGGAAAACGCCUCGUUGAAUGAAAUGAACGGCAAAAUGUAUCUGAUCGACAAGUUGUUGGGUUGCGAAGAUCACUCGAAAACGAAAUGUUCCAUUGACGACCAGCUGCGGUCAACCGAUGUGAUGGUCGAGAACGAUUCGGGAUUCGAUCGUUACGACGUAGAGGACUCUCAAAGUUUCAGCGGCGACCACCGUGACGGCGACACCGGAUCGUUCUCGUCGUCUUGGCUGCUGGGCGCCGGCGAUAUAAUUUCCGGUGGCCGUUAUUUGUUCCCGGAAAAAUUGGCCGGGACGGUAGCGGUAAAAUUCAAAGGCCGGAAGAGGCACGGCCGUAAAAAAACGCUAGCGCGGCGGCAAGGGCGGUCAGAACGUCCGAAAAGCAGUCGGGGCUUGGAGAACGGAAACCCGUCAGAAGGACUGCCGUUGUCGCCACAGUUAAUCGGGUUUGGCGAAGAUUGCGGUAAGUAUUUCGCGAAUUCCUCCGCAGCGCCCAGCCGGCGAAAGAGGGAACAGCAGAUCAAAGACGUAUACGCGGCGACUGCGGGCGAAAACACUCGGGCGCCGGUGGCGAUUGCCGGGCGGACGACCGACCGCAGUCACGAAGCGUCGUCUUUCAUUAAUCGCAAAAUGAGGAGCCGAGAAAUCACGCGCGUUAACAAAAUAAUCGCCGACAAGAUAUUGAAUGUCCGGACGACCAUACCGAAAACCAAAAAAUAAUCGAUUACCGCACCUGCGAACGCACAUCGUCAUCAUCAUCAUCAUCGUCAUUAUCAUCGCCCC